CUCUGCAGCUGUGCAGAGAUAAUGGGUUAAUCUAGGCUCUGUUCCCAGAAUGGGAGGGACGAAUCCUGUUCCACCCCAGGCUACAAGAAACCUGACCCGCGCCUCACUAAAACUGAAAACUCUUUAAUCGUUAGAGAAAAGCCAGUCCCUUCUCUUCAUUUCAGCCCCUAAAGAAAAGUCCUGGAGAGUUCCCCCCUCUCCCCGCAGAUGAUUUUGUUCCAGCAGCAGAAAUUGGUUCCCCGACCCACCGGGGGCUCCAGGACCAGGAAGGACAGUGCAUCAGCACAGGCUGCGUAAGAAAGAUGGCGUUACCAAGAGGUGCUUUGGAUGGUAGAUUUCAGGAUACGGAUUUUAAUCUCUCCAAUAUGCCCGAAGAGGAUAUUGAAGAGCUAAAGGCUGCAGUUGAAAGAGGGAAUCUUUCAGAAAUGGUUUCUAAAGCGCAGGAAUCCCUAGAGCACUUGAAAAACAUGAAACUCAACAUCGCCAUCACAGGGGAGUCAGGAUCUGGGAAAUCGUCCUUCAUCAACGCCAUGCUGGGUCUGGAUGAUGAGAAUGAAGAUGCAGCCAAUGUUGAUGUGAUAGAAACAACAAUGGAACCAACUCCUUAUCCUCAUCCCAAAGACCGAAAUGUUACCAUGUGGGACCUGCCGGGAAUUGGGACACCAAGUUUCCGGCCUGACAGCUACCUCCAGCAAGUCAAUUUUGCCUACUAUGAUUUCUUUAUUAUCAUCGCUUCUGAGCGGUUCAAAUCCACCCAUGCUGACCUGGCCCAGGAGAUCCAAAGGAUGGGGAAGAAAUUUUACUUUGUGCGUUGCAAGGUGGAUGUAGACUUGCAAAAUGAAAAAAGAAAGAAAAACCUGAGUGAGGAGACCACCCUGAAGAAAAUCAGAAACGAUUGCAUGACAAAGUUGCAAGGAGCAGGGGUGACCUCACCGCAGGUUUUCCUUGUCUCCAAAUGGGAGUUUGGCAAGUACGAUUCUCCCCGACUGCAGGAAACUCUGGCAGAUGAGCUUGAUUCUCACAAGAGGCAUGUUUUCCUUCUUUCCCUGACCAGUAUUUCCAGACCCAUCCUGGAAAGGAAGAAGAAAGCCCUGCAGGAUCAGAUCUGGAAGCACGCUCUGGUGUUCUGCAUCAUUUCUGCACAUCCUGUUCCAGGUCUCUCUUUUGCUUGUAAUGUUUUUCUAUUGAGGCACUGCAUGGCAAAUUACCGCAAGACCUUUGGCUUGGAUCAUGACUCCCUGGUUAACCUUUCCAAGAUGGUUGGGAAACCCAUCGCAGACUUGAAGGCCGUGAUAAAGUCUCCGCUAGAAGAAGAAAUACCAAACCAUUUUAUUGUGCAUCUUCUGGGCAAGGCUGAAGAUCAUUACAUGAAGUUAACUGAGCGUGUCUUCUCUGAGAUAUUUCUGUCCGGUAUCCCUUCAAUGUUACCUUUUCCAAUCAUAAGUGCCACGCUGAAGCGCUUUCUAAAUGAUGUUGCUGAAGAUGCCCAAAGGGUCCUGACCAAAGCUUUGGAGGCAGAAGAGAAAAAUUAAAUGUAACUGCAUCAAAAGUUCAGCACUGCCCAAGCAAAGAGGUCAGAUGCCAAAGGCCCCCAUUCACUGGAGAGAAGGCAGCAUCUCAAACCUGAUACCACAAUGGAAAAAGUAUUGGAUAUGAGGCACAUACAAUGUGUGUGAAUUCUUUGACUACAACACUCAUGCUUCCUGUUCAAGCAGCAGGAACAUAGGAAUACAUACAGGACGUGACUGUCAGUCAUACAGGACCAUUGGGUCCAUCUGUUCCAGUAUCCUGUAUAAGCAAGGAUGCAAGUUGAGUGUCACUAGAACACAAACAUACCAGGAGGGGGGUUUCUGCUUUCUUACCCUGUGCUCUGUUUUCUAUUAUUUGCGGCUUCUCCUCUUGAUUAGCAAGGGGAGCAGCAGGUGAUCCCAAACAUGGGUGGGAUUCUGAACCUGAGGAAUGUUACUAAUCUCAGACAGUUCCCCACGAGUGGCGGUGUAUGAAAUGCCGAACUGGACAGACGGUGCAUGGCAAGAGAUAGGGGAUGAUGGUGGAGGUGAACUGGCAUCUGGGGGCAGGAUGGACAGAUCAAUAACAUGGAGUGAUCAUCUGUAGUGCCUGUGGUGUAUUAAGGACUCAGUUGGAAUUGUAAGCUAUCACUUUAAGAGAGGGUGGAAGGUACUGCUGUCCUGCUUGCAGCUAAGGUUCUCUGUAUUAAAGUGUGAGAGCACAGUCAGUUUGCAGACAGGCAGUUUAAAGCAAGGUCGGAUGAGCUGUGCCUGCUUGUUUAAGGCAGCAGCCUGAUUUUCAGUCUGUUUCCGGGUUCCUGUGUGUUCUGAAAUUGAAGAAACAAAGUUACGAGGGUUCUCUUCAUCUAACUCCUCUCUGUAUGUGCUAUGAACACACCAGAGCCCAGUGCUUGAGAUGUUUGCUUGGUGCACAGAGGACACUGAGGGCUAACUUCCUGUUUUCUAGCUCAGGUUCAAUGCCAGCUCAUGUUCCCAUCACUGAAAUCAGGACUGUUAGGGUAUGCCUGUGACAGUCUGUAUCUUUAUCUUCUCCAUUUUUACAAAACUAUGAUACAUUUAGUGCAAAGUCUGCCUUGCAAGGUGUCAUUUGAAAACUCAUAAUCUGCAGAGUAUUAUUGUCCUGGUGAAAUAUGUGUGGCAACAUUGUAUGUGAAAUGAUAAGAUUCUACCCUAUGAUAAUACUUAUUUCACGUUUAGAAAAGGAGGCACAAACCAGUUCUUCAGAGACAAAGACAAACUGAUGCCUCAACCAGGUGUCAACUAAACCAAAUAAACUAUCUCCUGGCUAAGCAGCCAUUCUUUGGAAGGAAGGAGAGAGCGAUUGAAAUCUACAUGUGAGAAAGGACUCAGACAUUCGGGAUCCCAGAGCCCAGCUGGAAAUGACUCUUGAACAAGAGAGAGGGUUAUAAAGGGAUAAAGCAAUGGCCCCAAGUUACCUCUCUCCCCUCACCUCUACUCACGGCAUCAGCAAUGUAUGAAAGACAAAGGAAACAUAUUUGAACUGGGGGAGAGGCCCUACCUGAGGGAACUCAGCCAGCCUGCUGUAUGCACAUGGUGAGAGAGACCUUUGUGCUUUGAAUUCAUUUAGCUCAUUAAGUUUGGUAUUAGUCUGUUUUACCUUUUAUUUCUUUGUAACCAGUUCUGACUUUUAUACCCCCAUUACUUGUAGUCACUUAAAAUCUUUCGUUCUGUAGUUAAUAAACUUGUUG